AUUAUUAUAAUUUUUGGUUAAAUCAAAUGAAGAACGGUGAAAACCCCAUAGCAACUAUUAUUAUUUCCAUAAUCUUCUUUACAUGUUUUGAUAUACCUAUUUAUUGAUAACUAUGAUCAAUUCUAAGUAAAUAAACAAUCCAAAAAAAAAUUUAUAAUGAAAAUUAAAAAUUUCAAUAAACAAUUUAGUUUAAAAUCAAUUAAUACCACGGGGAAUAUUGAUAAAAUUGAAUUAACAUCCAUGUACACUGGACCACCAUUUGCUAUAGCUAGUAGACAAAUUGAAAAUGGUUUAUUAGAUUGUAAAGAAUUAUUAGAUUCAAAAAUGUUUUAUAAUAUAUCGAAUUCAACAAAUACUACAACUACUACUAAAAACAAUACUACUAAUAAUAAUAGUAAUAAUGUUAGUUAUAUACCGUCAGGUAGUAAAUAUGAAUGUUAUCAUUCAUUAUUAUCAAAUGAAGACCAAGUUUACAAUAAUAAUAAUUUAAAAUCUUUACCAAGACGUAAAUUCCUAUCCAAACAAUAUAAAUCAAUAGAUGUCAUGAUGAAACCUUCUUCUAUCACUGAUUAUGAUGAUAUAACCAUCAAAACAUCUAAUAAAUCUGUUGCAUUUAUUGAAUGUGAUAAUUAUAAAUUAGAUACCAUGGAAACUAUACAUAAUGAACCGGAAUAUAUUCAAAUAAAAAAUAAAAUAAAAAAUAAAACCAAAUCAAUCAUUGAUAAUCUAUUACAUAAUAGAUCAUUAACAUGUUGUAAGCCAAAUAUGAAUUAUAAUUUAUGUACAAAUUUAUCUGAUUAUAUUCAUGCAAAUAAUAGACGUAAACAAAUUGUGAUAAUUAUUAUUGUAUUAUCGAUUUUAUUAUUGAUUAUUAUUAUUAUUACUAUGGUAAUAUUGUAUAAAUUAUAUGACGAAUCACCAACGUCUUCAUAUUCAUUGUCACCAACAUCGUCACCAUUAUCAUCACCGACAACAUCAUCAUCAUUACAAUUAUCUUCUGAAUUAUUAAAUCUAGAACCAUUACAUUCUACAUUAUCAUCAUUAAAUCGAAUACCAACUUAUAAUCAACAACUUAAUAUAUCUAAAAUUUUAUCUACUAAUCACAGUAAUAUUAACAAUAGUAGUAGUAAUAAUAGUAGUAUUAAUAUAAGUAGUAUAGAUCAAAAAUGUAAAACACAAAAAUUUUGUUUAAAUAUAAGUUGUUUACAAAUUGCAUCUAUAUUAGCUGAACGUUUAGGACGUUAUAAUCGUCCUAAAAUGAUAACUAAUUUAUUAAACAAUCAAUGUACCAUAGAACAUAUUGAUCAAUUGAUUAAAAUAUUUUAUAUUGGUGAUGAAUUUCAUUUAUCAACUAAUGAUAAUAGUUUAUAUAAAUUUAAACAAAAACGUUUAUCUACUUUAUGGUUAUAUAUAAGUAAUGAAUUACAAAAUUAUAUAAUUGAUAAUAAAAAACGGUCAUCAUUCAUAUGGACAGAAAAAUUAGCUUAUCUAUUUCAACAUUUAAUUGAUCAGAGUAUAUUUAAAAAGAAUAUGACGAAUAUAAAUACGACGACUAUACUUGUGGAUGAUCAUGAUGAUCGUCGACGUACUGAUGGAAUUUAUACUGUAAACAAAUCUUUUAGUGAAAAUUCUAGUUUAAUUAAUUCUUUAAUUCAAUAUAAUACAAGUCGAAUACCUAGACCUAUUCUAAUAAAUAAAGAAACUUAUUCAUCAUUGACAAAUUCAACAAUGAAAAUGAUUCAAUCUAAUGAAUUUGAAAUAUAUAAUUUAUCAUAUAAAACAGAAUUAGAACAAUUAAAUGAUUUAUUACAAUUAGGAAAUAUUGCAUUUCAUGGAUUAGAUACUGUUCUAAUUAAUGUACAAUUGAAUUUACGUGUACCAUUAUUCUUUUCUGCAUGGAUUGAACGUUCUCAUACUCCUGGUUUAAUGGAUUCACUUAUACCAAUGUUGGAUAAUUGUGAACAACCAGAGUUACCAACCUAUGAAGAAUUGAAAGAUUAUGUUACAGAUAAAUCAAAAUCUUUUGUAACUUCCUCAUCGUCAAAAUUAUUCAAUACAUCACCUCUAGAUUACUCAGCAUCAUCAUCAUCUUCGUCAACACCGUUUCUAUGGAAUCGUGUUCAUGAAUUACGUAACUAUAUUCAUCAUCUUGGUCAAUUAGCUUGGAAAGCAAGAUAUUCAAGUAUUGCGGACCAGCAUUUUUCAGAUGGAUCAUCUAAAUACCUAAACUUUUCUGGAGUUCUACCUGUUCUGUAUAAACUUCAAAAGUUAAAUUAUCAUAGUGAAAUCAAUAGAACAAAUGCUGAAAAAAUUACUAUACGUGAAUUAAUGCAAAUUACACAGCAUACUAUCAACUUUCCGCGUUAUCUGGGUAAAUUAACUUCACGGAAUCACUUGACUAUAAUGCCUAGCGAUAUGCAAGUAUGGGUUACUAAUAUUGAUUAUUACGAUAAACUGGGUCGGUUGUUACAACAAACGUCGUUUAGCGAACUACAAGACUACAUUACAUUUGCAAUACUUCACAAAUAUGGAGGAUACGUUGAUCAAAAAACUGCACAAUUAAAGAAUAAAUUUCUAAAACCAUAUGCAGAAAGCCUUGGAAUUGAUCAAGUUUCUUACUGGCCAUUUUUGUUAGAUUUAGCUUCACCAGGAUUGCAACAAAUUCUUCAAAGCCGAUGGACUUCAAUUCAACUCAAUUAUGCAAUUAAACAGUUUCAUCAUGAAAUUUUAACUCCUGUACAAACGAUAAUGAUUAAGUUGUUAGAUAGAUCACUGUCUGAAACAACGAAAUGUUAUCAGUUAUUAAAUAAGAUAAGUAGUAUAAAAAUUCAACUCACGUCACAUAAUGGUCAUGAUUCGAUGGAAGAUUUUUAUUCUGAGUUAAAAAUUCAAUCUAGACAAAGUCUUUUAAUGCAAUUAGUACAAUUUAAUAAUUUUUUAUCACAAAAAGCAAUAUCUACAGAAUUAUCUAAAUUAAUUCCAGAUCUUGGUCUUAGUUCUGGAGGUAGUAAACUUUUUCAUUAUAUACAAAGUUCUAAUAUAUUGGAAAUUUCACUUCUAUUAUUACAAUGGCCUUAUUUUAUGCCUGAUUUAUCAAUACCCAGAUAUUUGAAUUUUGGAUAUUUAUGGUAUUCCGUAACAAAAAUUCUAUCAAGUUUAUUCAUUAAUAAUAGAUGCUUGGACGUAAGCAUUUUCUAUCAAAGUGAACAAGAUGAAUUUGACCUAUAUGUUCGGAAAUUUUUACUGGAUUCAAAGUUCAUAGAUCAAUGGUUAAUAUGGUCUAAAACACCAAAUGUCUUUCAAUCAAUUUUAGCUAUUGAGAUUACAGGUCGAAUUUAUAAAGAUUAUUUAUCAAUUCAUUAUAAUCAACCAGAUUCUAAUUUACCAGGAAUAUUUCUUACAAAUAAAGAAUUAUUUUACCAGUGGAUAUUUCAACUAAUCUGUCCUGGAUUCGAUUAUGCCAAUACUAUAACGCAUAAUAAUGUUUUACUACAUAGUAUUAAAGAAUGUGAUGUAAUUCGUACAGCUUUGAAAUUAUCACCAACAUUUAGAUGGUUUAUGGAAUGUCCAUGA